GUUUUUUGUUCUGUCAUUGUCAUUCUUCUGACCAUAAUUUUGACGUAAAUAACAAGUAUGUCCGCUCAAGGAGUCCGCGGAAUUUCUAGGGUUUUAGAGAAGUUGGAGAAAUCUAUCGAGGAUGGACAUUUUUAUGAAGCCCAUCAAAUGUAUAGAACCUUAUACUUUAGAUAUAUGGGCCAAAGAAAAUUCAAAGAAUUGAAGGAUAUGCUCUACAGUGGUUCUAUAUUAUUUCUAGAACAUGACCAGCAAUUGAGUGGAUCUGAUUUGGGGCUACUGUUGAUUGAAGUUUUGGAAAAAUCGGAAGAUUUUGAUUGUGACUUGUGGUCUCCGAAAUUGACCAAGAUUUUUUGUAAAAUAAGUGUUUCUACGCCCGAGAGAGAAACUUUCUUAACACAUGCUAUUCGUUGGUCAUCUAAAGGAUCUUCAUAUGGUCACCCUCUUCUCCAUCAGAGGAUAGCACAAAUAUACUGGAAAGAGAAAAAUUACGCUCAGGCACGAUAUCAUUUCAUUCACUCACAAGAUGGGAAAAAUUGUGCUAAAUUGUUAAUAGAAUUCCAAAGCACUCAGGGCUUCAAAGGAGAGGCAGAUUUAUUCAUAGCUCAAGCAGUUUUGCAAUACUUGUGUUUGAAAAACAAACAUACAGCAAACCAGACGUUUACAAGUUAUACGGAACAACAUCCGAGAAUACAAAAAUCAGGCCCGCCAUAUUUGUUGCCACUUCUUAAUUUCAUUUGGUUUUUACUCCAAGCCAUAGAAAGCCAAAAAAUACAAACAUUUGCCGUUCUUUGUGAGCAGUAUGAGCCAUCAUUGAAAAGAGAUCCUUGCUACGUACAAUAUCUAGACAAAAUAGGACAAUUAUUUUUUGGUCUGAAACCUCCUGAACAGCAGAGUGGUGGUUUCUUAGGAAAUAUCCUAGAGAACUUCUUCAGUGGUUUAGAUGAUGAUAGCGACGACGAUACCCCUCAAGCAUCAACGUCAGCCUCUGUCAGUAAAAAUAAUUUGAUUGAAACUGCAGAUUUGGACUAAUAUCCAUUGAAACGCUCCAAGAAAUAUCGAGUGUGGCAGAAUAUUCAUAUAAUAGUGAAUCGUAUUUUGAAUAAUUGAAUACAAAGAUAUUGAUUUCUGUAACAUUUUUGAAAAACUGACUACGAGUAGUUCCGAAAAUUUCAUAUUUUAUUUUCAAUUAAAUUUCAUGCUUUGAAAGCAUGGAGAUUUAUUGUCAACAGCUUUUUUCCUGAUAUGUUGAUAUAGAAACUCAUAUUCCAAUAUCAUCACGGUGUGAUAACAGAAAUACUGUUGUUUUUUAAUAUCGAUCUUUUGCAUAAGAUAUGGGUCAAAUUAAAAGUGAAGUUUUUAUGAAUCCAGUAGUUUGUAAAAAUUGAAAAGCUGUACUGCUAAAAAACAGUGAAAAUAUAUUUCAUUUGUGUUUCAUCACUUUGAAAAAUUGGACAACUGAUAAUUUUAUUUUCUUUCUUCCUGUCAUAGUUUAGGGUUACAGAAAGUGGAAUCAAUGUAUAUGGUUUGAGAGGCUGUUACUAAACCAAGACAUUUUCAUUGUAUAAAGAAAUAUAAUUAAUAUCUUGAUUCUAGAGAGUAUCUUAUAAGGGGAGAACUAUAAACUAACCGUAUGUUUUUUUCAAGAUGUGAGAAAAUACUUGAUUAGAACAGCUCAAUGUUUUUUUUUUUCGAGAGAGCAUACUGAUACUGAAUCGAAAGAAGUCUGCGUCUGCUAGUCAUGUGAAAACGUAGGAAUGUAGUAAAAUGAAAAUUUUGAUUAUUCUUUCACACUCAAUAUGUAAUUAAUAUAGCUUAAUAAUUUGUUUAUGGAUUAACGUUGACAUUUUUUUUCUGUUGUGAUAAGAAGCCCCGUAAUUUGAGUACUUUAUUUAAUUUUUUGAAAUAAUUUAUAUAUUUUAGAAAAAUCUUAUAUAUAUUUGAAUAUACAUUGUAUGCAU